GUACCACCGCGCCCAAGCCUUUAAAUUGCGACCCCAGCCGCAAUCCUCAGUGGUCAGACAAAGCGACUACCGCAGGUAGAAAUGUCACGCAAGCAUGCUCGCAUAUCUGUGGUGGAAGACGUGGUCAUUCCGGCCCAUCUACUGGCCGCCACCACACAAGUGAACGGUCCCUGGACAACCCAGGGAGAUGAGCCAUCUCUUUCGGAGCCUGGUCCAGUCCAGCAGGCCAUUCGUACGGAGGCCUUGGAAAGGCAAUAUGGCCGUCUCCGCCGCUCAGCUAGUGUGAAUAGCUCUCAACCGGAGAAGCCCAGAGACUAUCAUAUCCGACGUCAGAGUGCACCCUUGAGCGUGGCUGAGAUAUCUACAAUCGGAGAGCUUGAACCACAUGAUUACUACAAUAAGGAAUCCCAACAUAUUCAGUGGCAGCGCUCUCCAGGCCUGGAUUCUGGGCACACCAACGCCAGAGCUCAGAACGAACGACCUAUUCCAACCGCCUCUGUUGAUGGGGAAUUGCCGGCUGGCGAGACCGCUCCGACAGCGAGAGGCGACGCGUGGCCACUUCCACCCCGGCCUAACAGUUACCGGUUAUCCCGUGUUGAACCGACAGAGGAACCUCAGGAGACGAAGAACCCGGCACGACACAGUAUCUACGAUGUCUACGAAAAAGCGAAGGAGAGGCGCGUUGCCUUACAACGGAAGUACUGGGUGCAACUUCUCUUCGAAUAUACAGUGUAUGUCAUACUCGUGGCCUUCAUCUAUUUCGUCCUCGUUGGGAUGCCCCUCUGGCGUGGUGCUGUCUGGUGGCUCUACUGGGUGGUUCGCACCAAGUUCGUCAUCCCAGGGGGCUGGGGGAUCACAAUCGGACUGUCUGUCCUCUACGCAUUUACUCCAUUGCUGGUACUUUUUGAAAAGAACCCACCCCCAGUGGACAGCAAUUCGACAGACGAGGACCUUGAGCGCAAUCGAAACUCGGCCAAAAGCACGGCAUUGUUAAUCCCAUGCUACAAAUCCGCCGGCAUAAUUGGACCAACUCUUGAAGCGGCGUUGCGCAUCUUUCCCCCGGAGAAUAUCUUCGUCAUCGCGAAUGGGAAUUCUCCCGAGCCACUGGACAACACUGAAGAGGUCUGCCGUCCAUUUGGUGUCAAUCAUCUCUGGUGCCCGGUCGGGAGCAAGAUCAUUGCACAAUUCGUUGGCUGCUAUGCGGCCAAGGACUUCCCUCAUGUUUUGCUGAUUGACGAUGACUGCGCGCUGCCCCCAAACUUCCCUGUCGUUAGUGACCGACUAAAAGGUCGUAUCCAGAGUAUUGGUUAUACAAUCAAGAGUGUCGGACCAGGAUCCUCGCGUGGAACCCUAUGUCAGCAGGCACAGGACCUUGAGUAUAAGAUUUCGGGUCUCCAACGCGCGUUUGCCGGCAAAUUGGGCAGUGCAACAUUUCCCCACGGUGCCAUUUCGCUCUGGCGGACCGACUUUCUCAAACAGACCUUUCAUGACCAUCCGGGAUUCUCAGUGUCGGAAGAUUGGUUCUUUGGCGACAGCUGCCGCCGGCUAGGUGGGCGUAUCACCAUGUGCUCGGCCGUUUUUGUCGAGACAGAGACCCCGUCCGCCGUCUUUUUUAGCUCGGGCGGUUCCCGUGGGGGUUUUGGCGAGAUGACUAUCUUCAAGCAGCGAUUCACGCGCUGGAAUUUCUUUUUCGUCAAUGGUAUGUGGUAUAACAUGAAGUAUAUCGUAUGCAGUUGGAACCUUGGAUUUUGGGAAUUAGGCGCGAAGUUGUUCGUUUUCCAAGAGGUGUAUGAAACCCUGCUAUACCUCCUCGCCCCAUUUAUGCUACCGAUUUCGCUCGUGGUCCGGCCAGAAUUCUGUGGCAUUUUGCUGGCCAUCACCAAUGGCUUGUACUUUCUGAACGUCAUCAUCUUCAACCUGGUCCAUCUUCGCUUGAAGAAGGAAUCCGUCAGUUGGAUAUGCUUGCUCUUCUACUACAUGCCAUACAAAAUCGUCCUCUUCCUGAUCAACGUCGUCAGCUGUUAUUGGUCUCUCUUCAAAUAUGCCCGAUACUUUGCCGCCAGACACCCCAAGGUCAUUGAGGAUGACAAGGCUGUUGAGGUUGUACUGCGUCUGGAAGAGACCACUGCAAAUGCCCCCAAGACCACGAACAAAACUUCCGGUCUUGGAAGAAGUUUCUCGGUCACCAAGGUGCGUGCCAGAAGGCCUAGCACCGCCCCGAAGCCCUCGGGGCCUGGGGGUGUCUCUGUUGCUGGGAUCGAUGAGAGCCCUAUGAUUUAAUUCGCUACCUGAACAUAUAUCCCUAUAUAAUCGUAAUAUAGAUCCUGGC